GAAAGAAAACGAGCGCGCAUCUCGCUCAGAGAAGUUGUAAUGUAUUUAACGCCUGCGCACACUCGGUCCAUAGUGGAGAGAAUUGUGAAUGGGGGGAGUAUUUUGGGUGUACAGUCAUAAGUCGGACUCCGAGGAGCCAGGAAGUAACUGUGAGCCAUGCAGCUCAUACGACGGAUAAAGUAGCGCGAGCGAGCGUCUGUUGUCAGCAGUCGGAGAUCACACACGCGCGAGAGUGAGGAAGAACAACAAGCCAACUGCAAACUACUGCCAAACCGAGAGCAGUACAGCUCACGAACCAUACAAGAAGCCAACUCCAAAGAGCUUUUACACUUUAAAGAGCACAAAGCUCACUGCAGCACACUCCAUCAUUAGAAGAGAAAAAAGACGGAAGGAAAUAAGAGCGGGGCUGGCGAGUUUCAAGGCAACGCUUCACUCUUCUUGGCAAGUUUAGACGAAUAUACCAUUAACAAAAUUGAUCAAAUCGCGUUCAAGAUGCCUCGGGUGGUCCCGGAUCAGAGGAGCAAGUUCGAGAACGAGGAGUUCUUCAGGAAACUCAGCCGCGAGUGCGAGAUUAAAUACACCGGUUUCCGCGAUCGGCCGCACGAGGAAAGGCAGGCGCGCUUCCAGAACGCGUGCCGUGACGGCCGCUCAGAGAUAGCUUUUGUGGCGACCGGCACCAACCUCUCGCUGCAGUUCUUCCCAGCCAACCUUCAUGGGGAUCAGCGGCAGGCGCCCACCCGAGAAUAUGUGGACUUCGAGCGGGAGACGGGAAAGGUGUACCUGAAGGCUCCUAUGAUCCUGAACGGAGUAUGUGUGAUCUGGAGAGGCUGGCUUGAUCUUCACCGUCUGGAUGGCAUGGGUUGUCUGGAAUAUGAUGAUGAGAGAGCACAGCAUGAGGACGCUUUAGCCCAGGCUGCUUUUGAGGAAGCCCGCAGGAGGACUCGUGAUUUCGAGGACAGGGAUCGCUCGCACCGAGAGGACUUGGAGCAGAUGCCGAUGGCACAGCUCAAUCAUUUAAUAACUCAGGAGGACCCUGUGGCAUCAAAAAUCUGGGACUGAUGGCCUUCAAGGACCAGGCCCAGGCGACAGCAGGACCCCAGCCCUGGCUCCAACAUGGGCAACACUGAUGAUCACAAGAUGCGCUAGCGGCAUUCACCAAAGUGGGCAGGGAAAGGGUCACAAGACCUCCAUCACCACAGCAAUCUCAUCUCCUGAUGCCUUGUUUAUCACAGGACAGACCAAAGUCCACACCGCUGGGGGAGUUUUGGGGGAAGCGGCCCGUUGAAAGGGCUGGGUUGGAUUGGGUUGGGCUGGGCUGGUAUUGAUGUGAGAUUUCAUUCGCAUUUGAUUUAGUCCCUCGUUUCUUCUUGGGAUUUUUGCACUAUGUGAUAACGUUCAGUUUAAAGUCCCCCGUGUCGCCUUUCGGUAUGCAUGGUUUUCCUGCCUAUGUUUUUGCUCAUGUACCUUUUAUCCCACCCCUAUGCAAGGCAUCUUAUUUUAUCCUCUUGUUCAUGAAAUGGCAUUUUUUAAUUAUUAUUGUGUGUGAAAGUCAGGAUGUUUACUUUUUUUGUAUUUUCAUUUCCUAUAUAAAUAUAAAUAUAUAAACAUGUCUGUCUUUGUGCUUCGUAGUUAAUGUUGCUAGGUAGAUUUGUGUGCUAGAGUAGUGCUUUUUUUACGUCUAAAAAGACAGAUCUCGAAAGAGGCUGCUGAUGUUGUGGACAAGAGUCUUUUUUUCUCCACGUGCUCUGUCUUCCGCUCUUUUCCUGUUACAGACGUGAGUUUUGAAAGUGAAGCGAGCAGCAGGAAGUGAAUAUUGAGGUCAGUGUUAUUCUACACAAAAUGAGGCAGAGAUCUAGUUCUUCACCCUUGUUUGCUUUUAUUAAUGUUUGCCAUUUACCUAUUCAUCUUGUUUCAGUGCAGGAUUUUCCACAUAAUCGAAUUUACUCCAGAGUUCUUUAAAUGUAGACUCUUUGAAAAUUAUUUUAAAUAGUUUUACUUCACCAAAAAUCAUGUUUCUUAAGCGCCUACAUUUUUUUUCUUUGAUUUUUAUUCAGAUUUUCAGAGGUCAUUCCUUUCUAAAACAUCAUUUUAACUUUUAAUAUGACAGUAAUAUUUAUAAAUCAUAUACAAGAUAUUAUUUUAUAUGUCAUAAAUUCACAUAAUGUCAUUAAUAAAUAAUCAGUUAUACAAAAUGCACAAGAUAUGACAUAAAAAAGCAGAGCUUCACAAUAAUAUCACAUUUGAAAUGUGGUUUUGUAACAUUUACAUGUAAGAAAAUAAAAAAGGUGAUAAUGUGAUCACUUUUGCACAUAAAAGUGUUCCAAAAUCACAUUUUAAAGUUGCUGUGAUGUUCAUUACAGUACGUGGAUGUACUUCCAACUGAAACAGAAUAUUGAGUAGGGGGCGGGGCUUUGUGCAUCAUUCCCUUAUAGAAAACUAACAGUGAGAGAGGCGUGGUUAAGAAUAUUGUGGUUGAACGUCAAAGGACCGACACUCCAAACCAGAACAUAAAUAGUCAGAGUUUGAAUGAAGAUUACCUAAACAAACCUUUUUAUGUGUGUGGACUUGCCCAUUAUUGUUCAUCUAAAGCACAGAUGUCAAAUCCAGUUCAUGGAGAGCAGCAGCUUAACACAAGGUGCAUUCCAAAUCACAUGGUUAUGCACUAUUCUAUGCCAUUUUGCAGUAUUAAUAGUGUAAGUUGUGCGUUCACACUGAAAAAUAAUAAGUGCACUUUAAUUAGCCAGAUGAUGCACUUAUUCAACCGCUAAAAUGAAGUGUGGAACGAUUGACACUUCAGGCACUCAAUGGCCGCAGCUUACAAAAACUAUCGAGCGCAUAUGUUGAAUAGCUUUAUUUAUUUUGGAUUGUUAAAGCAAAAUUCUCCUACGAGAGUGGUUUUACUGCCUCCUGAUGGUGAAUGCGGUUUUACUCAUGGCAGGUAUUAUAUGGUCGUUUGGUCAUUUAUUUAACUAAUUUGGCAACCAUUAAACAUCAUCAGCGAAACGGUUUGAAUUUCUGCUUGGUAAAAAAACACAUUUUAUUUGGGACGACACUAAAUUCAUAUACUAUGCUGUUGCGUGUGUAAGUGCAUAUACAGUAUAGUGUGCCAUUCGGGAUGCAUCUACAGUUUAGCUUUAACCCUAAUUAAAGACACCUGAUCAAAUUAAUCGAGUACUUCAGGCUUGCUUGAAACCUACAGGUAAUGCUGCGAUUUGAGCAUGUGAAAUUCUGUCGUACAGCGCUGCAAAAAGAGGUGGGAUUAAACAAGCUGAUUAAACACUUAAAAAAGCAAGAAAUUGGUCCAUAUUUUAAAUUGUCAUGUUUUGAGCCUUGAUUGGUCUCACGCAAUCAAGUGAUGCGAUUUCGCUGGUCAGAGUUUACCAAGCUUGAGCUUGGUUUCUGGUCUGCCGCAUUCGCAUGCGUAUGAACGGAAGUCUAUGGGUAGAAAAGUCCAGUGUGACCACUACUUUAGUGUGUUGAAGCAGGGUUGAAACUAAACUGUGCAGAGCUGCGGCCCUCCAGGAAUUUUAUUUGAUACCUGUGAUCUAAAGAUUGAAAGUUGUCAAUGAUCAGCAUUUCAUUUUAUUUCAAAGUCGAUGGUAGGAAUUUAAGGGUCAAGAAUUAUCGGUGGGAUGGUGAAGUCAGAAGUUAUGACCUACCUCUAGCUUAAACCAAAUAUACACAAGUAAGAGGUUAUUUAUAGAGAGCAGAUUCAGGUUGUCUUGAGUGUAGAGGAAAAACGAAUGUUGGUUUAGUAGAAUGUUAAAGAUUUAUAUAGUUGGAGUGUGCUUUUAAACCACACUGUGGUCAGAAACUGGGCACCAGGAGUGUAUUGAGGUCUCUAUGUAUUUUAAAGAUGCCAGAGAGAGAACUUGACCAAACCAGCAUCCACACAAAACAGUCCUGUGUUAAUUAGUCCAACUUUCUGCUUUCUAUGUGUGUCUUGCGCUGUGUAUCAAAGAUAAAACCUUUGCUGACCCACUUUCAGUUUUUCUUACACCCCUUUACUUAAUGCUGGCAUUAAGGCAAAAUACACAGGUAGUGGAUGGCUCUUUUUGUAAUGAAUGAAUCAAUAAAAUGUUUAUUUUCAUAAUUAUUUUAAGUUAUUGAUGCAGGUAUACUUUUGUUUCAUUAUCAGGUUCCGCUAUGAUGAAAUGUGUAUUUCUGUAUUGAUAUUGUUUUCGUUUUGUUUUCUCCCUUGGCCCCAUAAGGAACUGUGGGGAUGUUACGAUGGUCUUUGGUUGUAGCUCUUUUUUCGGUUUUUAAUUUUAAGCAAGGAGGACUGUUAACUGAGGUGUUAUGUUUGAUCUGUUUCUUAAUAAACUUGUUACAAACAAU